AUGAUGGACGCGAAAAAGGCCAGCAUCGAGCAGGAUGAAAACGCGGCGCCAAUCCCGUUGAAGCCUUCGGCUUCAAACCCGACCCCCGAAGAAUGGGCACAGCGUUUCUCCGGACAUGAUGAGGCCUGGCACAAGGAUUUUGAUAAAGGACUGCUCAAGAAAGUCGACAGGCGGCUCAUGCCGACGCUGGUUAUGAUGUAUCUCCUCAACUUCCUCGACCGAUCCAAUCUUGCGCAGGCCCGUCAAGGGACGCUGGAAGAGGACCUGGGCAUGUCAGGAACCGACUUCAACUUGGGGACAUCAAUCUUCUUCGUUGGGUACCUCCUCAUGCAACUUCCCUCCAACCUGCUCCUGACCCGAGUACGACCCUCUUUCUACCUCGCGGCAUCUUGUUGUCUAUGGGGUGUUGUCUCGACCUGCAACGCCGGGGCAAAGAACUUCACGCAUUUGGUGGUGAUCCGCUUCUUCCUUGGUUUCGUCGAGGCGCCCUUCUUCCCCGGUGCGGUAUUUCUCAUGAGCUCCUGGUACACCCGCGCCGAACUCACCAGGAGAAUCGCCUAUCUUUAUGCCGGAAACGCGCUGGCCAACAUGUUUGGCGGACUGCUCGGCGCAGCCAUUCUCGGUAACCUGGAGGGUGACCUGGGCAUCGCAGGAUGGAGAUGGCUGUUCAUCAUCGAAGGUGUCGUUGCCAUCGCCUUUGCCCUAGUUGCCAUGUGGAUUCUCCCCGACUACCCUCACACGACCAAGUGGUUGUCCGAAGAAGAGCGAGCAUAUGCCGCAUGGCGUCUGAUCGAAGAUAUCCAGGAAGCCGACACGUACGGCGAGCAAAGCAUGUGGGACGGCGUCAAGAUGGCCGUGCGCGACUAUCGCCUUUACGUAUUCGUCUUGAUGCAGCACAUCAGUUUGGUGACGCAGACAUUCCAAUACUUCUUCCCGACCAUUGUCGGAACGCUCGGCUAUGGGAAGAUUGUCACUCUCUGGCUUACUGCUCCGGCCUGGGCGGCGACCUUCCUCAUCUCGCUCUGCGUUACUUACUCUUCGUCCAAGACUAAAGACCGAUCCAUCCAUAUUUGCUGCCUCACACUUGUGUCAGCUGUGGGCAAUGCCAUCGCAACGGGGUCCAGUGUCGUUGGUGUUCGCUACUUUGCCAUGUUCCUCAUGCCCAUGGGUGCCAUCUCAGCUUAUCAAAUCAUCGUAUCGUGGGUUGCCAACUCUUUUCCCCGGCCACUUGUGAAGCGCUCGGCGUGCAUCGCCAUUGCCAACAUGAUAGGAAACACUGCCACCAUUUAUGGCAGUUACAUGUACCCCAGCAGCACCGGCCCUCAGUACGUCCCAGGUGGAAGCGCCAACGCGAUCCUGUGCUUAAUGGUAGGCGUAUUAGCACUUGUUCUCCGCUACCUGCACAUCUGGGAAAACAAGAAGCUGGUAACGGCGGAACAGGAGGCAGCGACUGCAGCAGAGGGAGGGGAGAAGGUAGCAGUCGACAGGACGCAAGAGCGAAGAGCGGCUGGCUUUAGGUACAUAUACUAG